UCAGCGACUUAUAACGGGACUGCGGUGGACAUUCUGACACUGGAAGGAGCUGACUUGGUGUCACUGACAUUUUAGUGACACCAAUACAGUGAUCAGUGCUAAUAAAAAGCACACUAUACUAAUGGCACUGGGCAGGGAGGGGUUAACAUCUGGGGCAAUCAAAGGGUUAACUGUGUGCUGUUUUACAAUGUGCUCUGUGUUUGUGAUUCAUUGUAAGCACACUGCUAUGCAGAACCAUGCAAAUCAGAUGGCUGUGCUGUGCAGUGUGCCUGAGCUGACAGGGAGGAGAACUGUUAGUAAACAAAAACAAUCCUCCUCUCCAUCGGUGAUCACCGGAAAUCACAAGGCACCAUCAAGUAAA